UACCUUGUUUCUCCUCACCAACAACCAAACAAAUGCAGAUAAUCUAAAAAUAAUGAAACUCCACUUCAUCGCACACACUGCCUGAACAAUACAAAAUCACACAUGGAUUCAAUUUAACACUGAAACUCAGAAAACCCGUUUUCACAUUUCAUCUUCUUCUGCAACAUUUUCUCUGUCUUUUGGGUCUCUGAGAGAAUCAGCCAUGGCAUUGCAGAGGCAGCUCUUGAAGAAAGCUCUAGGGGAAGCCAAGACCAAGAUUGGUGGCUCCCGUUUUUGUCAACGGCCAUCUCUCUGCGGUUCUUUCUCUACGGUUCCUUCUUCUGCUGCUGAUCAUGAGGCUGCUCUGCCUUUGCUGCCGCCGUUUGAUUACGAGCCAAAGCCUUACAAUGGACCUCGGGGCGAUGAGGUCUUCCAGAAGCGAAAGAAGUUUCUGGGUCCUUCUCUUUUCCAUUAUUAUCAGAACCCUCUCAAUAUUGUUGAAGGGAAGAUGCAAUAUUUGUUCGAUGAGAAUGGCAGGGGCUACCUUGAUGCUUUUGCUGGGAUAGUCACUGUUUCUUGUGGCCAUUGCCAUCCAGAAGUUUUAAAUGCUAUCAUGGAGCAGAGCAAGCUUCUGCAGCAUGCCACAACCAUUUACCUGCACCAUGCAAUAGCUGAUUUUGCCGAGGCAUUAGCUUCAAAAAUGCCUGGAAAUUUAAAGGUUGUUUACUUUGUGAAUUCUGGGACAGAAGCAAAUGAAUUAGCAAUGUUGAUGGCUCGUCUAUAUAGUGGCAGUCUUGAUAUGAUUUCGUUGAGAAAUGCAUAUCAUGGGGGAAGUUCUAAUACAAUUGGUUUGACCGCUUUGAACACAUGGAAGUAUCCAAUUCCACAGGGUGAAAUUCAUCACGUUGUAAAUCCAGAUCCAUACCAUGGAAUCUUUGGCUCGGAUGCCAAAAGUUAUGCUAAAGAUGUACAAGAUCACAUUGAUUAUGGAACUUCAGGAAAAGUUGCUGGAUUUAUAUCUGAAACAAUUCAGGGAGUUGGAGGAGCAGUUGAAUUGGCACCUGGAUAUUUAAAACUGGUUUAUGACAUUGUUCGCAAGGCUGGUGGUGUCUGCAUUGCUGAUGAAGUACAAACUGGGUUUGGGCGCACAGGAAGCCAUUAUUGGGGCUUUGAAACGCAGGGUGUCAUUCCUGAUAUAGUUACCAUGGCUAAGGGCAUUGGAAACGGGUUGCCAUUGGGAGCAGUGGUGACAACACCAGAAAUAGCAAGUGUACUAGCCCAGAAGAUUCAAUUCAACACUUUCGGUGGAAACCCUGUAUGCUCUGCUGGAGGGCUUGCAGUGCUCAGAGUUAUUGAUAAGGAGAAGUGUCAAGUUCAUUGCGCUGAUGUUGGCUCUCACUUGCUUGGGCGUUUGAGAGAUCUUCAGCAAAGAUAUGAAAUCAUUGGAGAUGUCAGAGGCCAAGGCUUAAUGGUGGGGAUAGAGCUUGUCACUGACAGGAAAGAGAAGACGCCUGCGAAGGCAGAAACCACAGUUUUGUUCGAGAAACUCAGAGAGCUCGGAGUUCUAGUUGGCAAAGGGGGACUACAUGGAAAUGUUUUUAGGAUAAAGCCACCAAUGUGUUUUACCAAAGAUGAUGCAGAUUUUCUUGUUGAUGCUUUGGACUACUCCAUGUCAAAGUUGUGAGGGCUAAUACAUGAAGAACCAAAUGAUAUUGUGGUUUGUAAAGAACUUUUCAAUAAUGUAUUCCUAGAGUUUGUGCUCAUUUUACAUGAGAAAUAGCAGCUUGGUCAUCUCCACGAAGGUGGCUAGCAACUGUUGGAUGAAAUCGAUCCAUGUACGAGGAGUGAAGAUGCCAAUCUGUGCACCAAAAUUGAUUCCGCUAGCUUAUCAUCAGAGGCCAUUAAGAGAGAGAGAUAAGCUGUAUGUUUUUCAUUGUUAAGGAUGGAAGUUGCUAAUUUACUAAACCCUUUUUGAGGUCUGGUUUUCCAAAAUGUCACCUCAAAGUGGAAAAGUGUUAAUAGAGAGCCAACCAACAUUCUGUAAAUAAGAAAGAAAAA